CGCCGGUGGCGGCCUCAUGAGGCUGAGAUUCAAUCAGGCGUAUAAUUCGAGCGGAGAGGAUCUCGAAGAUGACGCUUGUUCGAGGACGCCGACGGCGGCGGCGGCCGAGGUGUCGCUUCCGGUGGUGCGGCGGGCUCGGACUUGGCCGGAGUUGGCGGAGAACUUGGUUUGGGUUUUGUCUGCGGUGUUCAUUAUUUAUUUUGGUGAUUGGGAGGUCAACAUGAUCUCUCUCUUGUGGGCUGAUGCAAGAAUUAGAAGGGCUGCUCUGCACCUUGGUUUAGCAAGUGCUAUUCUCAAUGUAGGCGUUGUUGUAUAUACAACAUAUUUCUUAUCGUCAUGCCCACCAAAAUCUUCUGAGAAAUCAGAAGUCUUAUCUUCUGCUGCACCGUUGCUUAUUGUUCUUGGAUUCAUCUCAUUUUGCUUGUUAUCGUAUGCUCUGUGGCCUAUCUGGAAUGUUUUAACCAUCCCACUUUUGGUAACAUUUUCUUUGAUGCUUCUCUUUCUUUAAGUUUACCUUAUUUAUGGCCUCCAUCGUUGUAUCACCAUAUUUGCUUAUUGGACCGUUGAGGCCUCAAACCGUUGUGGUUCGCGCUGAUUGAAAUUUUAACUGUUUUAGGAGAGAAACUAUAGAGAAGCAGUUCUGAGAAAUCACUGCAUUAAAAGAGGGAUUGUUUUAUGCCCCUAAAAAAAUAGUUGCAUAUAGAUGCCUUAUAUCGCUCAAAAACUAAACCACCAAUUGUAUAGGUUUGGUGCGUGGAUAGGACAUUAUGUAGAAUCUAUUGUAAGACAUUUCGACAAGCUUUACUUACUGCUAAAAAUUGAAACUUUUGGUUUCUGACAAGAAUCCGAGUACAUCUUCAUCAUGUUUGUUCCCUAA